UUUGGGGUGGAUCCCGGAGAUCUGAGGGUGGGAAUCUGCUGGGAGGAGAGGCCCAUGAUCCUGAAAGGGAGCUGUGACCUGGGUGUUGGCUCCUAGUCCACCAGGACAGUGUCGGCGGGUGGAGCUGAGCACGGGGAGUGGGUGAGGUGCCACGUGGUGUGCUAGUGAAACCCCCAAGAGAGGUAAUGGGGGGUGGGAAAUCUUUGACAACUGGGUCUCCGAAUUAGGAAAGAGUUUCGUGUUCUGGGGACUGGUCCGUCCACCAAAGCACUCACUAGCGGCCGUUUCCCGUCUUUCUGCCUGUGACUGUCGCUUCCUGACCAUGACUCUGGAUCUAGUGGGUCCCAGCCUCUCUCGGGCUGGCCAGUCUUUCCUUAGGUUGCGGCGCGUCGCCAGGCAAGAGGAGAGGCAAGAAAUUAACCCUGAGCGGUGAAGGUCGACUUAAGGGUCUGCUGUAGCAGGUGGCCCCACUUGAGGCGGGAGAGGAAGUUUCCCCUGGAUUAGUCGAGAGCUGAAGGGUCCUUGGGUGUGGCACACUUCUAGGGGCGGGAAGAAGGAGCAAACUCUGGUGGAGGUCAACGACCAGUAUCAGCUGCUGUUGCCUUGAAGUGACUGAAGACCACCCACCCUCCACAGGCCCGAAUCCAAGCCCAGAGUCAUCCUCCUUGCAGCCCGAGUGACUCCUCUGUUCCUUGGUCCCUGCUACUGUCAGGGACGAUUGCAUGGGCUACGCUAGGAAAGUAGGCUGGGUGACUGCGGGGCUGGUGAUUGGGGCUGGCGCCUGCUAUUGCAUUUACAGACUGACCAGGGGAAGAAGACAGAACAAGGAGAAAAUGGCCGACGGUGGGCCUGCGGAUAUGGAUGAUAAUGGCGAGUGUUCUGGGGGAAGGGACAACGACUGGUCUGAUGAUGACGAUGACAACAGUGAGAACAAGGGUAUCGUUUGGUAUCCACCUUGGGCUCGGAUUGGGACUGAGGCCGGGACCAGAGCUAGGGCCAGGGCCAGAGCCAGGGCCAUUCGGGCCCGUCGGGCCGUCCAGAAACGGGCUUCACCCAACUCAGAUGAUACGGUUUUGUCCCCUCUGGAGCUGCAGAAAGUUCUUUGCCUGGUUGAGAUGUCUGAAAAGCCUUACAUUCUUGAAGCAGCUUUAAUUGCUCUGGGUAACAAUGCUGCCUAUGCAUUUAACAGAGAUAUUAUUCGGGAUCUGGGUGGUCUCCCAAUUGUUGCAAAGAUUCUCAAUACCCGGGAUCCCAUAGUUAAAGAAAAAGCUCUAAUUGUUCUCAACAACUUGAGUGUGAAUGUUGAAAAUCAGCGUAGGCUUAAGGUAUACAUGAAUCAAGUGUGUGAUGAUACCGUCACAUCUCGCUUGAACUCCUCUGUGCAGCUGGCUGGACUAAGACUGCUUACAAAUAUGACUGUGACUAACGAGCAUCAGCACAUGCUUGCCAAUUCCAUUGCAGACUUCUUUCGUUUGUUUUCAGCGGGGAAUGAAGAAACCAAGCUUCAGGUUUUGAAACUCCUUUUGAAUUUGGCUGAAAAUCCAGCCAUGACUAGAGACCUGCUCAGGGCCCAAGUACCAUCUUCACUGGGCUCCCUCUUUAAUAGGAAGGAGAAUACAGAGAUUAUUCUGAAACUUUUGAUCAUUUUUGAGAAUGUAAAUGACAAUUUUAAAUGGGAAGAAAAUGAACCUACUCAGAAUCAUUUCGGCGAAAGUUCGCUUUUUUCCUUUUUAAAAGAAUUUCAAGUAUGUGCUGAUAAGGUGCUGGGAAUUGAAAGUCACCAUGAUUUUCUGGUGAAAGUAAAAAUCGGCAAAUUUAUGGCCAAACUGGCGGAGCACAUGUUCCCAAAGAGCCAGGAAUAAUGUAUUGAUUUUUUGGUCUAGAAACACUAUAUAUUGUGAACUAUUCCUUUUCUCCACCUUGUGUAUAUGGUAAAGAAAUCCUUUCAGCUGCCAAUUUUGAAUAAUGAUUAUCAUAUGAUAGUAUCAGUGCUGAUAUUUUCCACGUUGGUUUUCGGGUUUAAACUGGAUAAUAUGGUUACUUUGUAUCUUGCUGCCUACAUUGAAAUAUUUUUACUAUUUUCUCUGUAUAAGGGACAGUCAACCAAUUCACCAUAAGUUUGCUCCUUUUUGUCAUUUGCAUUGACCUCCUUUGUGUCUCAUCAAUAAAAUUCUGAGUUGAUUCUGGAAAGAAAGUGGGGG